AUGUCAGUGGGUUGCUUCAGACUCCUAUUCUGUGCCCUAUGCAGCUUGCGGGCCAUCCAAGCCUUCCCCAAUGCUUCCCCCCUACUCAGCCUUGGCUGGGGGGGCCUGACUCACCUAUACACUGCCACAGCCAGGAACAGCUACCACCUGCAGAUCCACAAAGAUGGCCACGUGGAUGGCUCUCCUCAUCAAACCAUCUAUAGUGCCUUAAUGAUCAGAUCAGAGGACGCUGGGCUAGUCAUAAUAACUGGUGUGAUGAGCAGGAGGUAUCUCUGUAUGGACCUCAGGGGCAACAUCUUCGGAUCGCAUUUCUUCAGCCCAGACAACUGCAGGUUCAAACACCGGACACUAGAAAAUGGUUAUGAUGUCUAUCACUCUCCGCAGAACAACCUCCUGAUCAGCCUUGGCAAGGCAAAGAGGGCCUUCCUGCCAGGCAUGAACCCACCUCCUUACUCCCAGUUCCUGUCUCGGAGGAAUGAGAUCCCCAUAAUCCACUUCAACACACCUGAACCCCACCGGCACACCAGGAGCGCUGAGAACAGUCCUGACUUGGACCCAAUGAAUGUGCUGAAACCCCGACCAAGGGUGACCCCCUGCUCCCAGGAACUCCACAGCGCUGAGGAGAACAGUGUAGUAGAUGAUGACCCUUUGGAAGUACUCAGAAAUAGUAAUCGACUGAAGCCCUACCCUGGUAGGAUGAGUUUGGAAAGAUGUCUCCCUGUCCCCAAGGCUGCUUAA